CACCCGGCGUGGCCCCUUCCACACCCAGCUGGGGCAAGCCUGAUCCGGCCACAGGCAUGAGGGGCCCCGGGCCGAAAUGAUAGUGCUGGCGCCAGCCUGGAGCCCAACUACCUCGCUGCUGCUGCUGCUGCUGCUGCUGCUUCUCAGCCCCCGCCUCCGCGGGGCCCCGGACUGCUCCUUUCCCCACAGCCCCAUCUCCUCCACCUUCACCAGCACCAUCGGCAAGCUGUCUGACUACCUGCUUCAAGAUUACCCGGUCACUGUUGCCUCCAACCUGCAGGACGACGAGCUCUGUGGGGCUUUCUGGCGUCUGGUCCUGGCCCAGCGCUGGAUGGGACGGCUCAAGACUGUGGCUGGGUCCCAGAUGGGGAAACUGCUGGAGGCUGUCAACACCGAGAUACACUUCGUCACCUCAUGUGCCUUCCAGGACACUUCCCAGCAGCUGGUGGCCUUGAAGCCCUGGAUCACCCGGCGGAAUUUCUCCAGGUGCCUGGAGCUGCAGUGUCAGCCGGACUCCUCCACCCUGCUGCCCCCAAGGAGUCCCGGGGCCUUGGGGGCCACAUCCCUGCCGGCCCCGCAGGCCCCUCUUCUGCUUCUCUUGCUGCUGCUGCUGCUGCCCGUGGCCCUCCUGCUGCUGGCCACUGCCUGGUGCCUGCACUGGAGGAGGAAGAGACAGAGGAUGCCUUACCCUGGGGAGCGGAGGAGGACACUGAGGCCCAGAGAGAGGAGUCACCUGCCCGAGGACACAGAGUCGGAACUUGGAGGAAGUCAGCUAGAAACUGGUCCUUUCCUUGGCCACAUUGCUCCUGUCACUGUCUCCCCAGGAUGGAGGCAACGCCAGCACCCAGCGGCGGCCCCGGCCUCCCCCUCCCCCCUCUGUACAAAGCCCUUGUCCCCAGGAAAUUGUAUAUAAAUCAUCCUUUUCUACCA